AUGAACUGCGCCCUCGAUUUCUUCCUCCAAGCCCUUCAGGCACAGCUGGAUGGGGAGUCAGAGACCAUUGCCGAGCCCAAGGAGAACAGGAAGAUGGUCAGUGAUAGAAGAUUCACAAAGGUCUGGAAUGAGCUGCAAGAUGCGAAGAAGCGGAUUAAUCAGCUCAAUGCCGAGUGCAAUCGAUUGCAGCUCAGGGUCAAGUACUUGGAAGCUCGACGGGGAUCGGGGCAUUCUGCCGAUGAUGAAAACGAUGCAUUUGGUGAGCCCCCAAAUAAACGAAGAGGGCGAAGCGGCCGACACUGCUAA